GCUGCUUUUGAAGUGAUGGAGGAGCAUAAAGACCAAGAGAAUCACAGAGCAGAUCCUGAGGAGCUUUUCACCAAACUGGAGCGCAUUGGGAAGGGCUCCUUCGGGGAAGUCUUUAAAGGUAUCGAUAACCGAACGCAGCACGUGGUUGCUAUUAAAAUCAUCGACCUUGAGGAAGCUGAGGAUGAAAUUGAAGACAUCCAGCAGGAGAUCACGGUUCUCAGCCAGUGCGACAGUCCUUAUGUCACCAAAUAUUAUGGCUCCUAUUUGAAGGGCACAAAGUUAUGGAUAAUAAUGGAAUAUUUAGGUGGGGGAUCGGCCCUGGAUUUGCUCCGUGCUGGCCCGUUUGAUGAGUUCCAGAUUGCUACGAUGCUAAAGGAGAUCUUGAAAGGUCUCGACUAUCUGCAUUCAGAAAAGAAAAUCCACAGAGAUAUAAAAGCUGCCAACGUGUUGUUGUCUGAGCAAGGAGAUGUAAAGCUUGCAGAUUUUGGAGUUGCCGGGCAACUGACGGAUACUCAAAUUAAGAGGAAUACUUUUGUAGGCACACCAUUCUGGAUGGCCCCUGAAGUCAUCCAGCAGUCAGCCUAUGACUCAAAAGCGGAUAUCUGGUCCCUUGGAAUCACUGCUAUCGAACUGGCCAAAGGGGAGCCUCCCAACUCAGACAUGCAUCCGAUGCGAGUCCUCUUUCUUAUUCCCAAAAAUAACCCCCCCACCCUCACAGGAGACUUCAGCAAGCCCUUCAAAGAGUUUAUUGACGCCUGUCUGAACAAGGACCCGACGUUUCGUCCCACGGCCAAGGAGCUGCUAAAGCACAAAUUCAUCCUGAAAAACGCCAAGAAGACCUCUUACCUGACGGAGCUGAUCGACAGGUUUAAAAGGUGGAAAGCUGAAGGACACAGCAGUGACGAAACGGACUCGGACGGCUCAGAUUCCGAGUCUAGCAACAAGGAGAACAAUUCUCACCCUGAGUGGAGUUUUACCACAGUUCGGAAGAAGCCAGAUGCCAAGAAAGUGCAGAAUGGAACAGACCAAGAUCUCAUGAAAACCUUGGGCUGUUUAACUAUGAUAAUCAAUCCUGUGUUUGCAGAGCUGAAGCAGCAAGACACCAAUAAUGUUGGCAGGAGGAAGGCGAUUGAAGAACUUGAGAAAAGCAUCAACUUGGCUGAAGCCGCCAGCCCUGGGAUCACGGACAAGAUGGUGAAGAAGCUGAUGGAGAAGUUUCAGAAAUUCUCUGCAAAUGACUCCUGAGAAAGGUCCCCAGCGACGUUGGCCCGCACGGACCUGCUUACAGCCCACCAAAUCCUACUCUCGGCUUGGCAGUGCUUGUUUUCCUAAGUUCCUCGUGCCUUUUUGGAUCAUCGCAAUAUAUUUGAUGAUCAUGGAUCUGAAAGGAUUUAACUCCACUAUUUUGUAAAUGGCAUGCAUCCUUUUUUUGUAUUUCCAGGACUUACUUUGUUUUCUUUUUUUUUGUAAAGAGCGACUUUUACUAUUUCAGUUUCCACCUAUUUAAUCCAGCUGAAACAAAACACAAACAGAGAGGUGCAGUUUCCUUCUAGAUGUAACCAGGAGCUAUCAGUUGCCAAUCACCAUGGGUGGGAUCUGCGUUAUCCGCAAAUCUGUGGACGCGCACCCCUUUUUACUUGAGUUGAUAGAAAAUACACGCGCAGUGUGCGUUUCAAGAGCGUUUGUUUUCGGAGAAGACCGGCCGUCUUCUCGUCCGCCUCGGUUGCAGGUCUUCUAAGUCCCGAAAGGCCAGGGUCGCAGUCGCUCUUAGAAGAAGAUGUGUGAAAGCACUUCGCCCGUUGGAUGUCGCUACCGCACCAGUUUGAGCACCACCGUCUUUGUUUAGGCCUGCGUAAGUGUGAGAAACUGGCCGCAGCGUCCGCUCUUCUGAAAUUUGGUACAGUAUUUUACCUGGGAUCACCUCUGUCUGGAAGCAAUACGUCAGCGGCUUGGCAGGUUGGCCUGUAACUCAGUGUACAGUUUGUAUGUAUUCCUUUGCAGAGCAGGAGCGUCCCCGGGGGAAGGGGCGAGUGUAAAACACCAAGAUGGCAGCCAUGGCCGCGUCUCUGAAGCCCACUCCUUUUUUUUUUUUUAACAUGCAUUGCACACAAAGGGGUGGGGCUUCAGUCCCACGGAGGCCGCCGCCAUCUCGACUCACUUGACCCCCGCCCCACCCGGAUGCCCCUGCAUCCAAGAAACGUUCAUCAUGGUAAGAAAUUUUAAAGCAAUACUGUUGAAGGGUUGGGUUUUUUUUGGCAAUAACGGACACAAUUUGGCUGAGUUGUCUCUUGUUGAGCAGACUCGGAGAAAAAGAAUAGCCGGGCCUGUGUCUGGGGCAUGGGAUCACUAAUCCCCACGCAGGUUGAAGUGUGUGACACCAGUGUCGUGUGCGAUGUUUUUUUCCUUGUAAGAUAUCGAUAGACUUACGUUCUUAAAGUACUUUACAUACAGUGCAUCAACAGUUGUUUAAUUCUCCCCAUCCCAAAGUGUAUUUUAAAUAUAUAUUUACCAGUUAAUAUGCAAAUAAUUGAGUUAUAGAUAUUCUUUCACAAAAAAGAUAGUACUGUGCAGUACAGAGUGAUUUUUUUUCAUAAAAGGUAGAAGAAAUUAUAAACUUGCUUUCAAUUAUAUAUUUAUGGUACUGUUUAGAUGAGAUUAUCUCUCUUUUCUUUUUCAACCCAGUAUGUAUAUUAUGCUAUUGAAGUGUAUUGUAUUUCAGUCUUUAGUUGUGGAAGUGUUGGUGUAAAUUUAUUUUUGAUAAAAAGUCUGGAUAUGUUUAAUUUUAUAGUUCAGAUCUGCACAUUUUUUUGUUUUUGCACAACAUUCAUUUUAAAGGAUUUGAAAUGUAUCAGCCAAAUAUAGAAAGGAGUUAAUAGAGCGCAAACAAGCAAUGAUCUUUUUGUUGUGGUGGUUAAAAGUUGCUAUUGCAUCCUUUUCUUUUUAAGGAAAAAAAGAUAUAAAGACACUGGCAAGAGAUGGUGGUUAGAAAUGCCAAGGGCAAUUAUUCUCAAUGGUGCCUACACUGUAAAAACAAAAAACUUUUAACUCCUUUGUUUUAAUUUUAAAGAAAUGUUUGUUUAAAGAAAACUUGUUUCAUUGCUAUAUACCUGAAACACAAUUAGAAUUUAUAUCUGAGGGGGGGAAAGUCUGGACAUAGUUUUUGAAAACAAUAAUGUUAUGGAUUAAAUAAAAUAUUUUUAUAAAUGUAGAAGCCGUACAAGUUGUAAAUACAGUUGAUCUGAAGCUUUACAAAAUAACCGUAUCACCCAACCAGAAUCGUAGCGCUCCUUCUUCCCGGUGUCUGUUAGUUCUGUAAAUCUGUUUAUAGAUUAAGCUUCUUUCACACUUUUGAGGAAGGGGGCAGCAGAAAGUCGAAUGGUUUAAAAAAAAUAAAUAAAUAUUUAAGUUCUAUAAUC